UCCACCCAUUUCUCUCGCUCUCUUUCUCUCUCUCUCUCUCUCCCCAUCGGAGGAGCACGCGGAGCCAAAACCCAGCCGGAGCAGAGACGCACCCGAGGAAACCCUAACCGCUCGCUGCGCAAUGGCGGUGGGGCGGUGACCUGAUCUGCCGGGCGAUGGGGAAGUCGGCGGGGGACCCGCCGGACUCGGCUGGAGGAGGCAGCGGAGGAGGAGGAGACGGGGAGGAGCCGGGCGAAGGGGGCCGCGGGCGGCGGCGGCGGUGGCGCUGCGCCGUGGCGGUGCUGCUCGGCGCGGCCGUGGUGCUGUCGGCGCUGUUCUGGCUGCCGCCAUUCUCGGCGCGGCGGCGGAGGGAGGAGGAGGCACGCCUGUACCGGUGGGGCUUAGCUGAUGUGGUUGCAAGCUUCAGGCUGCAAAGGAUGAUUUCCGAGCUUAAUGACAAUAAAUCAAAACUUGAGUAUGAUAUUUUUGAAGAGAUAGGCAUCAGCAAUUCUGCGGUGUCUGUAAUUUCCUUGGAUCCAAUCAGUGAAUCAAACUGGAGUACUGUAACUUUUGGAGUUUGGCCUUACCCUAGUAAUUCCACCAUAUCACCAACAGAGUUAAGCAUAUUGCGGUCAUCUUUGGUGUCCUUGGUUAUACAGCAGUCUGUCCUCCAUUUGACACCAUCGCUGUUUGGGAAUUCUACUUCUUUUGAGAUCUUGAGGUUUCCUGGUGGCAUAACGAUUAUACCUCCACAAAAUGCUUUUGUUCCUCAGAAGCCUGAUGGCUUAUUUAAUUUCUCGUUGAACUUUCCCAUCGACUUGGUACAAGACAAACUGAGCGAAUUGAAGGCCCAGAUGAAAUCCGGGUUAUUUCUUAAUGAUCGUGAGAUCCUAUAUGUCACAUUGACAAAUCUGUAUGGUUCAACAGUUGCACCUCCUACUGUUGUUCAAACAUCCGUUCUCCUGGCUGUUGGGGCAGAUAACAAACCGCCAUCCUUGCAAAGAUUGAAACAGUUGGCUCAAAGAUUGAGAGAUUCUUCUUCAGGAAACUUGGGUUUGAACCACACUGUAUUUGGCAGAGUUAAGCAGAUUAGCCUGUCCUCUUAUCUUCAGCAUUCACUGAACAACGCAGGCAAUGCUCAUUCCCCAAGUCCAGCUCCUCAACCCUAUAAUCAACCUCACUCAACCCACCAGAAUCAAAAUCAUGACCACCACCAUCAUCACCAAAUUCACCACCACUACCACCACCAUGACCAUAGUUAUCAGAGUUUGCAGCAUUUGACCCCUGCUCCUGCUCCUCUGCACAGCGCGCCGACUUUUCUGAGUUGUGAUUCUACCUGUACGCACAAGAAAGAACACAGCACUGCUGAGCACCAUUCAUCUCCCCACGGGAGUCCUCCUCUACUACCCCCUAUCGCACCUGUAGCUUCUCCAAAUAGUUAUGAAGCUUCAGGUCCAUAUGUAGAUCCACCAUUAUUUCAUCCAAGGAUUCCAUCAUCUCCACUUCCUGCUGUGUUUUUUCAUGCAAUGCCACCGGGUAUGGGAACCUCCAAGCCUGCCAACAAGUUCUCAUCAAUAUCACCUGCGUCAUCUAUCUCGUUUGCCCCCAGCUUAUCUUCCGACUGGUGGGUCAUUACAUCACUUCUAUAUCUGCCCAUGCAACUAUUGUAGAGAUGGAAUGUUUCUCAUCCAGGCGAUGAAGUUCAUGCUGAAGCUUGGAUCACUAUUUUGCAAAUGAUGCUGGGUAUCGAAAACAUUGGAUGGCUGUCUUUGGUCAUCCCUUACUGGAUGUAAAUAUGUGUAUAAUGCAGCAGAGGAGUGUACAAUCAUGGCAGUAAUGAUGGCAGGCCCACAGUUGUCUUACAUCCCCUGUGCUGCUUUGUACAAUCAUGCGCAGAUCAAAUAAAGAUAUUGCGUUUUUGUUGAAGGUUA